GGUCCUAGCCAGAGGCCUCACUCGGCUUUUAUUUGCUGCCAUCAGGGAGAUGAAAGCUUGAGGACAGGAAGAAAACCCAGCACGGGGCCUCUGGGACCACCUUGUUCUACUGGUCCUCCAAGCAUGGGGUCUGCAUCCGCCCUGCCCUGCCUGCUGCUGUGCACCCUGUAUCUCACAGCUGGAGCAUCUGCAAAGCCGCACUACCUGGUGCUCUUCCCUUACACGCUCUACUACCCACACCCGGGCAAAGUGCACAUUCACCUCCUGGACCUGGAUGCGCCCGUGCGGGUGACCCUGCACAUGGCAAGCCACCACGGCGUCCCCAACGUCACCCUGGAGGAGCAGGGCAAUGAGAUCCUCCAGCUGAACUGGCCCCACUUCCCCAACAUUUCUACUCCUUCUGCCAGCAUGUACGAGGUUGCGCAUCUUCACAUCUCCAUCCAGGGAGGUUCCCUGCAGGUCUCUGAGCAGAGGGAAGUCCUGGUGAAAGCUCUGGAGCCAAGGGUCCUGGUGCAGACAGACAAGGAUGUCUACGAGCCUGGACAAACUGUGAAGAUUCUAAUUGUCCAUUUGGAUCAAAACUUCAUUGCCAGCAACAGAGAGAUUCCCUUGGUGGUCGUGCAGGAUCCCAACGAGAACCUUGUGGCGGUGUGGUGGGAGGUGAGUCCUCAGCAGGGCAUCGUGGACCUGUCCUUCUCACUGGCUGCAGAGCCAGCCCUGGGCACCUACACCAUCACCGUGGAGGGGAGCUCUCACCAAUUCAGUGUGAAGGACUCCGGGCUGCCCAACUUUGAAGUGCUGAUCCGGCUGCCCCGCUUUGUGACAGACAAGGACAAGAAGAUCCCAAUGGAUGUCUGCGGGCAGUACCCAUCUGGGAAAACCUUCCGAGGCAGAGCUGAGGCCAGGCUAUGCCAAUUCCACAGCUUUGUUGUUUUCCUGAAUGGAUCUAAGAUGACCUGUGCUGAGUUCAGGGGCCAGACUGGGAGGAAUGGCUGCUUCUCCGCUGAGGUGCCGGCCACUUUCUUCAACCUGACCAGCCUGGACUACGAGGAUCAGCUCCACGCUUUUGUGUCGUUGCUGGAGGAGGGCACUGGGAGGCAGCGUGAAGCGAACAAAAGCUGUAUGAUUGUCUAUGAAGAGGCCAUGAUCACAUUUGAAAGCAGUGAUAAAUUCUACAAGCCUGGGGUCCCCUACACUGGGACGAUGUUGCUGAAGGGAAUCAAUGGCUCUGCCCUAGCAGAGGAGGAGUUCCUGUUGGUGGUUAAUACUAUAGGAGAAAUCCAAAGGAAAACCCUGCUCACAGAUGGGUCGGGGAGAGCCUCCUUCAAGCUGGACACCUCUGGUUGGAAGGACAAGGUCCUCCUACACGGCGAGCUCAAGCAAGACCCUCCAGCCUCUGAGGAUGAAAACCAGGAGUAUCUCAACUACAAAAGUGCAUCUCGCAGCGUGUAUCCCUUCUCUGUGGACAGCAGAAGUUACCUGAAGAUACACAGGGUGAUAAAGAAGCUGCCCUGCAGACAGCCCCAGCAGCUCAGCAUGGAUUACUUGUUUGAUGAGAAGGCCAUGGAGAGCAAGCAGCAGAGCUUGGAUGUGGUCUUACUGGUCCUGGCCAAGGGGACCAUCGCCACGGUCCUCAGGAAGGAGCUGCCUGCAGAGGCCGGGCUCAGCGGCUCCUUCUCCCUGGAGCUGCCCAUUGGCCCCGAGCUGGCACCCGUGGCCACGGUUCUGGGCUACGUGGUGCUGCCCGAUGGCGAGAUUGUGGCCGACAGCACCGAGCUCAAGGUGGCCAAGUGCUUCCCCAGCAAGGUGAAUCUGUCCUUCUCGGAGCAGAGGGCUCUGGUGGGCUCACAGCUCCGCAUGAAGGUGCAGGCUGCCCCAGGGUCACUGUGUGCCAUCUAUGCCGUGGAUCAACGUGCACAGUCCUCCAGUCGCAAGGGCAAGGGCAAGCUCAACCCCGACAUGGUCUAUAACUUACUCCCAGCGUUUUCUGGAUACAUCUAUCCUUUUAAACCUGACGAAGCUAUUUCAUCUCACUGCUCGAUGGAUGAAUUUGGAGGCAUGAGUUUGGCCAUUCCAGCCAUUAACUGUUUUGAUGUGCCAGCGAGGAAGAGGAUGUGCCGUCGUAGACCGAGGCGCUGGCAGGUCCCGCGGCCUGAUGCCCAGCCAGGCUCCUAUAGCCUGUUUAAGGACGCAGGUUUGAAAACUGUCACCAACGCUGAGCUGGGCUGUCCAUCAAGCACCCAUCUGUACCCCCAGGUGCCACAACUGGAGGAUGAUCCUCUGGCAGGAGUCAUGGAGGACCCAGGGAUGCAGACGGGUUUCUUGGAAACAUGGCUGUGGGAGCUGGUGCCUGUGGGGGACCGGGGCUCUGCAGAGGUGGCAGUGACGGUGCCCGAUGUCAUCACCGAGUGGGAAGUGGGGAUGUUCUGCACAUCCCCGCUGGGCUUGGGGCUGGCCCCUGCCACCACCCUCACGGCCUUCAAGCCCUUCUUUGUGGAGCUGGCGCUGCCCUACGCCGUGGUCCAGCACGAAGCCUUCACCCUCGUGGCCACCGUCUUCAACUACCUGCAGCAGUGCCUGAGGGUCCGGGUGACGCUGGUGGAGUCGGUGGAGCUGGAGGUGUCAGCGGGCUCAGACGAGGUGAACAGUGGUUGUGUGUGUGCAGAUGAAACAAGGACCUUCCAGUGGGACGUGCGAGCCACCAGGCUGGGGGAGGUGAAUGUCACCAUCAUCACCAGGGCCCUGCACUCUGAGGAGCUCUGCGGCACCGAGGUGCCCGUGGUGCCAGCCCAUGGGCACGUGGACACUGAGACAAAGCUCCUUAUGGUGCAGGUGAGCACACUGAGGAGUUACGUGGUUGUGUCCCCAGCUGUGAUCUACCACCCAUACACAGCGAUGCUGUGGGUCCACAUCAGUGGUCUCCAUGAGCCUGUGCAGGUGAGCAUACAGCUGCAGAGAGCAGACAGGACCCAUAACAUCACCCUGUUCGAGAGGAAGGUCCAGGAUCCUCAUCUGUACCUGAACAUCACCUUCCCUGCUCCAGCCCCCACCAAAGGCAAGGAGGAAAUUGUAGACUUGCUCAUCUCAAUCCAGGGAGAUUCCCUGCAUGUCUCCAUGAAGAAGGUGAUGUUGAGAGCCCUGGAGCCUGGGAUCUUUAUACAGACAGACAAGGCUGUAUACAAGCCUGGGCAGCAAGUGAAGUUUCGGAUUGUCUCGUUGGAUAAAGACUUUGCUCCCAGCAAUAAGAAACGAGCCCGGCUUCAGCGCCUGGCCCAGCACAGCAUCAGCGCAGAGGGGCAGCUCUUCUGGCGCAGGAAGGGGAAGGCUCUGUCCCCAUCACAGCCCUCCUGGGCUGCCGCUGCUCCAGCAGAGGUGGAGAUGGCAGCCUAUGUCCUCCUGGCCUACCUCUCCCAGCCCCAAGUGUCCUCUGCCGACCUGGGCACCGCUUCCCAAAUCGUCUGCUGGCUCAGCAAGCAGCACGCAGGUACCAGCACCAGGGACACCGUGGUGGCCCUGCAAGCCCUGGCCAAGUAUGCUGCCCUGACAUACAGCAGCAAUGGGGACCUGAUGGUGACGGUGACAUCCCCGCUGGGCAACGUGCAGGACGUUCUGGUGCGCAGCAGCAGGCGGCUGGUGCUGCUGCAGGCAGCUCUCGAGCUGCCGGGGCCAUACGUGGUGCAAGCCCGCGGGCAGGGCUGUGCCCUCGUGCAGGUGACCCUGCGCUAUAACGUGCCACCACCCCCAAGCACGGGGAUGUUCGACCUCCACGUGGGGACGGAGCCCAAGGAGUGCACGGGGGACGCCAGCGCCCGCUUCCACCUCAUCCUCCGGGCACGGUACACUGGGGACCGUCGUGCCACCAACAUGGUUGUCAUCGAGGCCAAGCUGCCAUCUGGCUACAGCCCAAAGAGCUCCGUGGUGGAGCUGAAGAGGCAGAAGGUGGUGAAGGUGGAGGUGAAGCCUGACCAAGUGACCAUUUACCUGGACCCGCUGACGAAGGAGGAGGAGACCUUCACCUUCACCACCAGGCAGGACUUCCCAGUGAGGAACCCCCAGGCAGCCACCGUGAUGCUGCACGACUACUAUGAGACGGGUGAUGAUCGCAGGGAUGCUGCCCACAGCACACCCUGCAGCUCAGGUGGGGGCUGAGCCUGACAGGGCAGA